AUGUGCUCACCGUCCCUCACCGUUCCUCACCGUUCUUCACGUCCUUCACCGUCCCUCACCGUUCUUCACCGUCCCUCACCGUCCCUCACCGUUCCUCAUCGUUCUUCACCGUUCCUCACCGUCCCUUACCGUUCUUCACCGUCCCUCACCGUCCUUCACCGUCCCUCACCGUUCUUCACCGUCCCUCACCGUCCUUCACCGUUCUUCACCGUCCCUCACCGUUCUUCACCGUCCCUCACCGUCCCUCACCGUCCUUCACCGUCCCUCACCGUUCUUCACCGUCCCUCACCGUCCCUCACCGUCCCUCACCGUUCUUCACCGUCCCUCACCGUUCCUCACCGUCCCUCACCGUUCUUCACCGUCCCUCACCGUCCUUCACCGUCCCUCACCGUCCCUCACCGUCCUUCACCGUCCCUCACCGUCUCUCACCGUUCCUCACCGCCCUUCACCGUCCCUCACCGUCCCUCACCGUUCUUCACCGUCCCUCACCGUCCUUCACCGUCCCUCACCGUCUCUCACCGUUCCUCACCGCUCUUCACCGUCCCUCACCGCUCUUCACCGUCCCUCACCGCUCUUCACCGUCCUUCACCGUCCCUCACCGUUCCUCAUCGUUCUUCACCGUCCUUCACCGUCCCUCACCGUUCUUCACCGUCCCUCACCGUCCUUCACCGUUCUUCACCGUCCCUCACCGUUCUUCACCGUCCCUCACCGUCCCUCACCGUCCUUCACCGUUCUUCACCGUCCCUCACCGUCCCUCACCGUUCUUCACCGUCCCUCACCGUUCCUCACCGUCCCUCACCGUCCCUCACCGUACUUCACCGUACUUCACCGUCCCUCACCGUCCCUCACCGUCCUUCACCGUCCUUCACCGUCCCUCACCGUCCUUCACCGUCCCUCACCGUCCCUCACCGUUCUUCACCGUCCCUCACCGUCCUUCACCGUCCCUCACCGUUCCUCACCGUUCUUCACCGUCCCUCACCGUUCUUCACCGUCCCUCACCGUUCCUCACCGUCCCUCACCGUCCCUCACCGUCCCUCACCGUCCUCCACCGUUCUUCACCGUCCUUCACCGUUCCUCACCGUCCUUCACCGUCCCUCACCGUCUCUCACCGUUCUUCACCGUCCCUCACCGUCCCUCACCGUCCCUCACCGUCCCUCACCGUUCUUCACCGUCCCUCACCGUCUCUCACCGUUCUUCACCGUCCCUCACCGUCCCUCACCGUUCUUCACCAUCCCUCACCGUCCCUCACCGUUCUUCACCGUCCCUCACCGUUCUUCACCGUUCCUCACCGUCCCUCACCGUUCUUCACCGUCCCUCACCAUUCCUCACCGUCCCUCACCGCCCCUCACCGUCCUUCACCGUUCCUCACCGUUCCUCACCGUCCCUCACCGUCCUUCACCGUCCCUCACCGUUCUUCACCGUCCCUCACCGUUCUUCACCGUCCCUCACCGUUCUUCACCGUCCCUCACCGUCCCUCACCGUUCUUCACCGUCCCUCACCGUUCUUCACCGUCCCUCACCGUUCUUCACCGUCCCUCAUCGUCCUUCACCGUCCUUCACCGUCCUUCACCGUCCCUCACCGCCCUUCACCGUCCUUCACCGUCCCUCAACGUCCUCCACCGUCCCUCACCGUUCUUCACCGUCCCUCACCGUUCUUCACCGUUCUUCACCGUCCCUCACCGUCCCUCACCGUCCCUCACCGUCCCUCACCAUCCCUCACCGUCCCUCACCGUCCCUCACCGUUCUUCACCGUCCCUCACCGUUCUUCACCGUCCCUCACCGUCCCUCAACGUCCUUCACCGUCCCUCACCGUUCUUCACCGUUCUUCACCGUCCCUCACCGUUCUUCACCGUCCCUCACCGUUCUUCACCGUCCCUCACCGUUCUUCACCGUCCAUCACCGUUCUUCACCGUCCUUCACCGUUCUUCGCCAUCCCUCACCGUCCUUCACCGUUCUUCGCCAUCCCUCACCGUUCUUCGCCGUCCCUCAGCGUUCUUCGCCGUCCCUCAGCGUUCUUCACCGUCCCUCACCGUUCUUCACCGUCCCUCACCGUUCUUCACCAUCCCUCACCGUUCUUCACCGUCCCUCACCGUUCUUCACCGUCCCUCACCGUUCUUCACCGUCCCUCACCGUUCUUCACCGUCCCUCACCGUUCUUCACCGUCCCUCACCGUCCUUCACCGUCCCUCACCGUCCCUCACCGUUCUUGA